AGUGAGCUUUUUCGAAGGGCAUGACUCCGAUCCGGCAGUUAGCCUAGCCUAGCUCUGCUGUAGCCUUGGCUGCAGUCAGGUAUGCCGAUGCGUUGAGCAUUCACACGGGUGCAGGUCAGCUCUUGUUCAAGUCCAGGCAGAGUGAAGAGGAGGACGGGCGGUCGGUAGCGUUCGGCUGUGCUGCAGUUUACUAGUAUUCGAAGUCGGCGUUGCGGCUCCAGACGCGCUGAGACAACAAUGAGAAAUAGGACACCGACAGAAACAACUACAGGCAAAGCCAUCGCCUCAUAAGCCAUUCGUUGUGUUGUUUCAUCUCCGCUGCUGUUAUUGCGGCCCAUUGUAAAGAUUUCUCCAAUUUCAACUGUAGCUCGGCUCCUUAUUACUCGGCGAUGCCGGGAUUCGAUUCUGCAGUCGUCGCCAAGCCUUGUUAGAAGAACAAUUAUUCAGUAUUCUCCGGCCGUCAGUCACGGAUUUGUAACAGUGCUUGUCGUGUUGAUAUCCGCGAAACAACCACUGCAAGUCGGUUGAAGCGUUGAGGGAGUUCGGUGGCGUUGGAGCCGGUGUAACAGUGUAGCCGUGUUGUGUGUGUGUGUGAACGCCGCGUCAGCACAAGGAGAGAGAGUUCUGUCUGUUGCGGACCGCUGCACCGUUUGUAACUGUGUCCCGUGUGCUGUCCGCGGUGUUGUCACCUAGUCCCUGGCCUUGGAAGCGGCGGUCUGGCAAUCUAUCCAAUCUCUCCUAUCCUGCAUCGUAGCGAGGUGUUAGCCAGAGACCGAACUGAGCCAUGGCCACAGCACGGCAGCAGAACGGCGAUGGUGACUCCAGAAACACUGGUGUGAACUUGCCUCCGAUCCGAACCCAGGGCCAAACAACCGCUGCCAAUCCCGCUGCUGCGGCCACCGCUUCCGGGGAUGAUUCUCGUACCAGGAGAAUGGCUGCUGGGAGGUCAGCUGAUCAGAGGACCUCCCUGCCGAGGUUACAUUCAGCGAGGGUGCAGCAAAUCUACGAAGGUAUACAGAUGGUACCGGAAGGGCUGGACUACAAGCCGGUGCAGCACGAGCCACACCGAAACGGGCACACCACGGGUGCCGGUGCUACGGGUGCCGGUGGUGGCAUGUCGUCGGCGGACGGUCGUACCCGUGUCGGUGUGGCCGGCACUGGACUAGGGCAGGCAGCGCUAUAUCGCGCUGGCGUCGAGUCGGCCAAUCACUCGCGUCGCGGCUCAGGCCACAGCACACGCGGCACUGGCAUCUCGGCCACCCAGGCCAUAACGCAGUUCCCGACCAAACUAUCCAAACUGGAGAUGACGGAAAUCUUCGAUUUCGAUCCCGUCUAUUACGUGGGCCAGGCUAUGGCUGGAGGCAAAAAGAACGAACGCUCCGGGCCACACAGCAAGGGAUAUGACACGGAAGAUGGGUCAUACGUAGCUAUUACACAUGACCACAUCGCCUUCCGCUUUGAGAUCCUCAAAGUACUAGGCAAAGGAAGCUUUGGACAAGUACUGAAGGUAUACGACCAUAAGGAGCGUCAGCACGUGGCCCUGAAGAUGGUGAGGAACGAGAAGCGAUUUCACCGCCAGGCGCAGGAAGAAGUGCGUAUCCUGCAGCUGCUGGGCAAGCAGGACGCCAACGGCCAGCACAACAUCGUGCACACGUACGAGAACUUCACGUUCCGCAACCAUGUCUGCAUCACGUUUGAGCUGCUCAACAUGAACCUUUACGAGCUGAUCAAGAAGAACAAAUACCAGGGUUUCAAUCUGCAGCUUGUCCGCAAGUUUGCGCACUCACUGCUUCAGUGCCUGGAGCUGUGUUAUCGCAAUCGCAUCAUCCACUGCGAUCUCAAGCCGGAGAACAUCUUGCUGAGACAAGCGGGCCGUAGUGGCAUCAAGGUAAUUGACUUUGGCUCUAGCUGCUUGGAAAGCCAGCGCAUCUAUUCCUACAUCCAGUCGCGCUUCUACCGCGCGCCAGAGGUGAUACUUGGUGGGAAGUACGGCAUGCCGAUUGACAUGUGGUCGUUUGGCUGCAUCCUGGCCGAGUUGCUGACUGGAAUGCCCCUGUUGCCUGGCGAGGACGAGGCCGAUCAGUUUGCGCUGACGUGCGAGCUGUUCGGCAUGCCCCCGCCACGGGUCCUGGACCAGGCGAAGCGCGCACGGACCUUCGUGUCGUCGCGUGGCUACCCACGCUACGCCGAGGUGUCGGAGUCAGCAGACGGUACAAUCACCAUCAACGGCGGCCGCUCCAAGAAGGGCAAGUCGCGCGGACCGCCCGGCAGCAAGGAGAUCUCGCGUGCACUCAAGUGCGACGACCCUCUCUUCCUGGACUUCAUCAAGCAGUGCAUGCGCUGGGACCCCAGCCUGCGCCUCACACCGCUAGCGGCCAUGAAGCACCCGUGGCUGCGGCGGCGUUUACCGAAGGUUCCCGACGGUGCGGAGACGGCGCCGAGCGGCGCCAACGCUGUCGCUCUUGAACGUGCCGCGGCAAGGUCCGCUGCUCAGCGUCACCAUCAAGUUCAGCAGCAGCAGCGGAUUUCGCAUGCCCCGCCAGACACACUGCACGAAGACACAACUACAGGCGGACAAUUGGCGCACAAGUCCAGACAGCAGCCGGGUGCAGCUACAACACACACUACCAGCCGCAGCAAGCUACCAACGUUAACAAAGCCGCGACGCAAGGCUGACCCAAGUGACAGAGACCCAAGCAGGACAACCUUCCCGAAGCUCUAGUGGAGUUAUCCGAGCGAACAACCGUAUCGAAAUAUCAUUUGGAAUGGAAAGCUCACCGGGAUGCAGGGGUAGUAUCAGCGGUACUGGCAGCAGAAGUAGCUGCAGCAGCUUGUGCAGGUAGUGCUGGGUGGAUCCAGCAAGCCAUUGUUUGGAAUUUUAUGGUUGUUAUAGGCUGGUUCGUGCCUGGACAGUUCUCUUGUCCUCCUUUUCAUGCAUGACGCUUGGGCGCUCGCACUAACAUUUACUAAAUGGAUCGUUGACUAAAGUAAACAAGCAUACCAUUUACAGAGUGACCCUUGGGUUUUCUCCCUCCCCCCCCCCCCCCUCACUCUAUUUCUCUCUCUCUCUCUCUCUCUCUCUCUCUCUCUCUCUCUCUCUCUCUCUCUCUCUCUCUCUCUCUCUCUCUCUCUCUCUCUCUCUCUCUCUCUCUCUCUCUCUCUCUCUCUCUCUCUCUCUCUCUCUCUCUCUCUCUCUCUCUCUCUCUCUCUCUCUCUCUCUCUCUCUCUCUCUCUCUCAUCUCACUAUAUUAGUCUGGACAUCUGCACAACGCGGUGCCAUUUUUUUCUAGCAGAUGUUAUUGCCAUUGUAAGUCGUCGACAAAGCACAGAGCAUUGCUGUUAUUCAAUAUUCAAAAUCGAUGAGCAACUCUGCCUGCUACCUCUAAACAGAUAGUGCUUCCAACUUGUUGCCUCUGAAACAUUGCUUGAGACUAAGUAUGUUUACGUUCUUGUGUACUCUCCACGCUCUGCCCACAAUGUGUGGCUAAUGCGAUUCCAGCUAGAGCGAAAUCGAUUCUAUUUGUCCAGCAGUCUUGAGACUUUGCCAUGAGUGGCUAUUUUGAACCUAAUUUUAAAAUGUUUUUGAAGAACCUGCUGACAUUACGUAUGCCAUUGCUUUAUGUAUCUUUCAAAGUCUUCAUUUAUAAGCGUCUUUUGCCCCUAUUUUCGUAAAAUAAACAACACCCAAACUGUCGA